AGGACGUUGUUGCUGUAUGCUCUACGUCACAUCAGAAAAUCAAUUAAGUUAUGAAAAAUACCAUUAAUUGCCUUUCUUUGUCAUCACUGCUCCAGAAGAAAUGGCGGAUCUUUAUACGUCCGGGGUUUGAGGGAAAUGUUUUUUAACCAAAUGUAGUGUUUACGGGCUACAGGAAUCAUUUCAAUCGUCACGUACAUUUACGUUUCAAAGUUGAUUGUUUCUCAGACAGAUGAGAAUGAGCUGAUGGUUGUGAAAGUCUGCAAGAGGACUCCAGGUACAGAGGAGAGGUCAACUGGAAGAUGCCAAGAAAAAAACAACAGAAUCCACAGCCAGUGAAAUUGGAUUCUGAGGAUGGUGUAGCCAUUGAAGCUCCAGGAAACCUCCACUUAGACACUGACCUCUUUCUAGGACACGACCUUGAGUUUGAUGCUCCUGAUCAUGACAAGAUUCUAGGCCUGGAAAAGUUCUCAGAAGUAGCUGCAGAGAUCGGCUUCUCCGUGUUUCCUCUGGGUGAUGAGAGUUCUGCCUACAGUCAGCUCAGCAUGGAGAGUGAAACAGACAACUCGCGCAGCACAAGUGACAACGGGAGAGAAGACGAGAGCAGAGCAAGCCAGUCGGAGUCCAGUUUCCCCCCUUAUCUGUCCUGCAGGGGCUGUGGACAGUUGCGAGACGAACUUCUUGGACCUGGCAUGGACCUUGUCGGUUCUUACUGUCUGAGGUGCUGCAAAGCAUCCAGGGAAAGCAAAAAUAUUGAAUUCUGUUUACCUUUUGGAAACAUUGGGAUCCGUUCCCAAAUCCGGGCAGGCUCACAGCCUGAAUGCGAACUGGGAGACGAGGAGGGAGACCAAUCCACCUCGGGGGAAGACAAACUGUGUAAGCAGCACUCGUGCCACCUCUGCGGUUUCUCCUCGCGUUAUGCCAACCAUGUGAAGCGUCACAUGAAGACGCACAACGGGGAGAAGCCCUUCAACUGCCCUCUGUGCACCUACGCCUCAGCACAGCUGGUCAACCUGCAGAGACACCUGCGCAUCCACACCGGGGAGAAACCUUACAAGUGCAGCAGCUGUAGUUUCGCUUGCAGCUCGCUGGGCAACCUCAAAAGGCACCAGCGCAUGCACGUCCCCUCUGCUGGGGUGGGACAGGACACCUCACUGAGACUGGACAAUCCCCAAACUGGAUCAAAAAAACCUGUAGACCUGCAGAGACCAAACGGGGAAGCCUCUGCUUCAGAGAUUGACAAGCCAACGUCAAACCUUGGUUUAGGAGCCCAGAACGGUGAUUACUUGUCAGCCUUUGACGGCUUAAAGGGAGCCUCACCACCACCCAUCCCUGCCUCCAAACCUGCACCAGGCCCCCAUCCUCCCCCCAUGAUGGAGUUUACCGACAGCAGCAGUAGCAGUGCCACCAGGGGGAGCGUAGCAGAUGAAGCCACCAUCCCACCCUCACUUUUUCCCUUCACUUGCCGGCUGUGUGGCGUCGUCCUUGAAGAUGAAGACGGCUCCUCAGCGCAGAUCUGUGCCAAGUGCACCCUCGACAUGCUGACAAAAGACUCCUCGUCCUCCCCCAACAGUCCUGGCGAGCGCAGCGACAAGGUCUACACGUGUUCCGCCUGCCCUUUCCUCACACACUACCCCAACCAUUUGGCACGCCACAUGAAAACCCACAGCGGGGAAAAACCAUACAAGUGCCCACAGUGCGACUACGCCUCAGCGCACUUCGACAACCUCAAGCGGCACCACCGGGUGCACACGGGGGAGAAGCCGUAUAAGUGCCAUUUGUGCGAUUACGCAUGCGGGAACCUGGCCAACCUAAAGAGGCAUCAGAGGGUGCACUCGGGCGCCAAGCCCUUCCAGUGCACACUAUGCAGCUACAACUGCAACCAAAGCAUGAACCUGAAGAGACACAUGCUGCGGCACACGGGGGAAAAACCCUACAAGUGUCAGGAGUGCGGCUACACCACCGGCCACUGGGACAACUACAAAAGACACCAGAAGAAGCACGGCCUGGCCACAGACAGCUGGGUCAAAGUGCCGAUGACAGACAACAACGAAGAGGAGGACGCCAGGAACAGGCAGGGAGGCGGCGUUCAACCUCAUAGAAAGGAAGGAGUCAGCAUGCAGUACAUGCCAAGGGAAGGGGGUCCCACAAUGCACCCGUGCUACAAACUGGAGAUUGCAUAACUUCAAACUCAGCUCAAUAAAUUGACCAGCAACUUGUUUGUUAUAAUGUUGAACGUGUCAGUCUUUUACUGUUCUGUCAAAUCUUUUGAGGCUGCUAAUAGAUUGUAUGUCGUCUUGUUUUGCCUGGUGUCAGCAGCACUGUAAGCUCCUCAUGCUUGUUUGUUCUCACUCUUAACACCCAACGAUCCCUGGAAUAGAUGCACACAUUCGCCUAAACUGUUACGGCUGCACUGUGUAGUUCUAGUCACCAUUUUAAUACACAAGCAGGUUUUUAUACAACAAACACUGAUCAGGCGUUUUAUUUUUUUUCCCCUCAGUAAUUUAAAGUAGUUUUUGCCUGACUUCCUUUGGAUUCAUGGGUUCAUUUAACACUAAUCACAUACAAAAGUGUAUUUUUUUACAAAGUGACUAUACAGUGCAGCUUAAAGCAAUUUUCUACUGUGCUUUUGUAGCUACAGCCUUCCAGCUUUGCUAGUAGUUUGCCUUUCAGUAAAUGAAUACUUCAAGUAAUAUUUAAAGUAUAGGAGGUGUUUGACUUUGGUCAAAUAGUCAUUAUGUAAUCCUCCAAGUCAUUUUUGCCAGACCCACUUGAAAAAGAUUUUUUUGUUGUUGUGAAAGACAAGCUUUGAACACAGAAAAUGCACGUGAAAGCAUGUCGAAAUGCCCUCAAAGAAAAAGCACACUCAGCUCUGAGUUCCUGGUUUAGAUGAAAAUAGUAAAAAAAAAGUAUUUAUUGUGAUUCUAUACUGAAAUCUCAACAGAAAUAUAAACUAUUUUUCUCUUAGAGAUUUUUUAAAUGGCCUUUUACUUACAUUUACCGAUCAAUGUGAAUUUAUUUGGUUGUUUUUGUGUUAGUCAGCUGGCGUGCAUGUCUUUUUGUUUUUUGGUUGUGUUUUCUUUGAAUGUUUGGAUUGCCAUGUUGGCUUCAUAUAGAAAUUGGAUUUAAAUGAAACUGGUGAGUAACUAUUGUGCAAGUGGUAGACUCUCCAGAUCGUUUUCAGUUUGAACUUGAACUGCCGUUAUCUGAAGAGCGACCAUCCGUGUUUGUAUGCAGUGUCUUAUAAAUGCCUUAAGAGAGACGUUUAAAAUAAACAUGAGAAAUUACUGGAUGUCAACUGCAGGACUUUUUUGGGGGGUCGGUGCCCUAAAAAAAA